AAAACCAAUGGAAAUUGAUGAUCUAGAAUCUACAUCAAAUUCAGUGCAUAAAUCACCACCCAAAAAACGGAGACGUGUGAAGAAGAAGAAAAGAAAUGAGGAAGAUGAAGAGUACGAAGAGAACAAAAAUAUGGCCACUCAAAUAAAUCAAAAAUUUGGUUCAAAGUAUAAAUCAAAUAGAAAAGAUGAGACUCCGAUGUUUGAAGUGAGAAAUGGAAAAUCAGUUAUCAAAAAUUCGGGGAAUCACGAAGCAACUGUCAAUCGAACUUUGGAUUUUCACAUGACAAAGCUUUUUCAGUGGGAAGAGCAGUCAGACGCCAUUGAAUCUUCCUAUGUGUGUGCAUUGUGCCACGAAAAUGGAGAGAAACGAGAACUUUUUGGACCAUAUUAUGCAACACAUAAUCCAAUUAAAUAUUGGCCAUCUUUCCUGGCUAAGAAACCUACUGCCAAAAAACCUACAAAAAUCGAAUUAUGGUUCCAUGGCUCAUGUGUUUUAUGGGCUCCAAAUGUGCAUCUUCACGGCAAUCAGCUAACAAAUCUGGAUAAUCAAAUCGAUAUUUUCUGGUCUCAAACGUGCAUAGUUUGCCGCAAAACUGGUGCCGCAAUUUCUGUACAAAAUAAGAAAAACACGUUCAUUCAUUACCCAUGUGCCAAAAACAAAGUUUUUUACAGGCUAUAAACUCGACGAGCACGCUCUCUUGUGCAAUUCGUGAAAAAUCGAUUCUCAUUUCUCAUCAAACAAGUUUUGCUUUUCAAUUAUGUUUUUUUUUCAUUUUUUACAUUCUCAUGUCCCAUGUUUUACCAAUUGCACACUGAAACAACGAAAUAAAAGAUUUCAGUUUUAUAA